GUUACAAAGUAAUCAUGAAUCUUCACAUGCAAAUAGAUCACAAUCACACACACACACACACUCGCACACUUACACACCAAGGAAGGAAGCCACCAUGGUUGGAACAAGCGCGUCUCACGUUCAUAGAUUCACACUUUUGCUUUUUCUCCACUUACAUUAAUAAGACAACAACACAUGUAACUCUGACAUUAUUUAAGAACAGAACAUAACAAACCUCACAAGAAUCAUAGUAAACCAAAAAAAAUCCUAAAAACCAGGAAAACCGAAAAGGAGUUUUGCUUUAAGCUUUCUUGGUAGUACUAAUGGAUUCUGUAAACUCUUUCAAAGGAUAUGGAAAAGUAGACGAAGCUCAAGAUUUAGCAUUGAAGAAAAAGACAAGAAAACGUAUACUUCUACUUACCAUCUCUGUCGUGGUCCUCGUCGCCGUUAUAAUCGCCGCCGUGAUCGCCACCGUCGUCCACAACAAGAAUGACGAGUCAGCACCGGGUUCACCUCACGAGUUAACACCAUCCACUUCACUCAAAACCAUUUGCAGCGUAACCCGUUUCCCUGAAUCUUGCAUUAGCAGUAUCUCGAAGCUUCCAUCUUCCAACACAACAGAUCCAGAGACUCUGUUUAAGCUCUCGUUGAGAGUCAUCAUCGAUGAGCUCGAUUCUAUUUCCGAUUUACCGGAGAAGCUAUCUAAGGAGACGGAAGACGAGAGGAUCAAAUCUGCGUUAAGGGUUUGUGGAGAUCUAAUCGAAGAUGCUUUGGAUCGACUCAACGACACUGUUUCCGCCAUUGAUGACACAGAGAAGAAGACUCUGUCAUCUUCCAAAAUCGAAGAUCUCAAGACUUGGCUAAGCGCUACGGUGACAGACCACGACACGUGUUUCGAUUCGUUAGACGAGCUGAAACAGAACAAAACAGAGUACGCGAACUCGACGAUCAUACAUAAUCUGAAAUCCGCCAUGGGGAACUCAACAGAGUUCACAAGUAACAGUCUUGCAAUAGUAUCCAAGAUUCUUGCUGCGUUGAGCGAUUUGGGGAUUCCGAUUCACAGGAGAAGAAGACUGAUGAGUCAUCAUCAUCAGCAGCAAAGUGAGGAUUUUGAGGAGUGGGCGAGACGGAGGCUGUUACAGACGGAAGGUGCGAAGCCUGAUGUGACGGUGGCGGCUGAUGGAACCGGUGAUGUGAAGACGGUGAAUGAAGCGGUGUUGAUGGUGCCGAAGAAGAGUUUGAAGAUGUUUGUGAUAUAUGUGAAGAGUGGAACGUAUAAUGAGAAUGUUGUGAUGGAUAAGAGUAAAUGGAAUGUUAUGAUUUACGGCGACGGCAAAGGAAAGACCAUUAUUUCCGGCAGCAAGAACUUCAUCGACGGCACUCCUACUUAUGAAACGGCGACGUUUGCUAUACAAGGCAAAGGAUUUGUAAUGAAGGACAUAGGAAUCAUAAACACUUCCGGAGCAACAAAACACCAAGCGGUGGCAUUCAGAUCAGGUUCUGAUUUUUCCGUCUAUUACCAAUGCUCCUUUGAUGGUUUCCAAGACACGCUUUACCCUCACUCCAACCGGCAAUUCUACCGCGACUGCGACGUCACCGGGACAAUCGACUUCAUUUUUGGAAGCGCAGCCGUUGUUUUCCAAGGCUGCAAAAUCAUGCCACGACAGCCUCUUCCUAAUCAGUUCAACACCAUAACCGCUCAGGGCAAAAAAGAUCCCAACCAAAACUCGGGGAUGUCGAUCCAGCGAUGCACUAUCUCUGCAAACGGCAAUGUGAUUGCUCCAACAUAUCUUGGCCGGCCCUGGAAGGAGUUUUCCACGACCGUUAUUAUGGAGACUGAGAUUGGACCGGUGGUUCGACCUAUCGGGUGGAUGUCAUGGGUUUCCGGAGUUGAUCCACCGGCAAGUAUUGUGUAUGGAGAGUAUAAGAAUACAGGCCCCGGGUCGGAUGUAACCCAGAGAGUUAAAUGGGCAGGGUAUAAAUCGGUUAUGUCGGAUGAGGAUGCUGCAAAGUUUACCGUGGCUACACUUUUACAUGGCAGUGAUUGGAUACCGGCGACAGGAGUGACGCACCAACUGUCUUAAUUUAGUGACAUUAUAUAAUUGGAUUUUCAGAUUUUUUGUUGCAAACAUCCGAUUUCGAUCCACUUAAUAUACUAUUUGUUUGACACUGUUGUAUGAUCUGUAUUUUGUCCAACUUAGUUGUAUUUUGUGUAUCCCUAAUAGUAUGAUGUAUCUUCUUGAGGUGAAACAAUCAAAGACUAAGGAAUCUUUUACCA